UACACAUUCGAAUGUGUUGAAAAUACACAUUUUGAAUCUUAAUAGACUAGUGUAAAAAGUAUUUUCAUGUCAUACUAGUCCCACGUUUUUGCUAUACCUUCAAAUUAAAAUAAUACGAAUUCAUAUCACAAAUUAUAGAACACACCACUAUAAAUACCGUUACAUGCAAAAUCAGUUCUCCAAAAUCUUCACUUCAUAAAUUAUUAUUUUACUCAUCAACAAAAGAAUAAUGGUCCUCUUCGCUUUAUCAGCAACAACUUCUUCUUCUUCUUCUUCUUCAAAGCUAAAAAAACAACAUCCACACCAAAGCUUGUCCGAGUCUCUAAUGGAACACAGUAUCCAAGACGCCGAAGCUAUCAUAAACCGAUGGAUAUCACCACAAGUACUUCUCACCUCUUCUUCUUACUGCUCCAUCUCUUCCUUAUUCUCAUCCAAAAAAAACCGCGAAGAAGCCAAACGAUUCAUCGACGCGGUGCACACCUUACACUCGGGUAUGAUGAGACUAAUCUCAGUGAAUCCAACGUCCACAAAACUCAUCCAAGCUGAGAAUCUAAUGCGUAUCUCAAUGACUCAUCUCUCCAAAGAGUUUUACCGUAUCCUCAAAUCAAACCGACGGUACCUCGACCCUGAAUCAGUCUCCAACCGCUCUUCUUCGAGAGCUCCCGAAUCAGAUUCCAAAACCAUGGGCGACCUAAAAAUGAUCUCUGAUUGCAUGACUUCAUCAGGAUACGCUCAAGAAUGCUUCAAAACCUAUAUAAAAAUCCGUAAAUCGAUCAUCGUCGACGCGUUGAACCAACUCGGAUUCGAGAAUCUAACUCUUUAUCAGAUACAGAGACUUGAAUGGGAAGUUCUGGAGAAGAAGAUACGUAAAUGGAUAAGGAUCACAACAAGAGCUGUGAAUACUCUCUUCUACGGUGAACGUAUCCUCUCCGAUCACGUCUUCUCAUCAUCGUCGUCAUCGAUUCGUGAAUCUUCUUUCGCUGAAAUCACAUUACAAACCGGUUUAGCUCUGUUUAGUCUCCCGGAAAAAAUGGCGAAAUGUAAUAAAAAAUCUCCGGAGAAGAUCUUCCUCACUCUCGAUGUUUAUGAAACCGUUACAGAGCUUUUACCUAAGAUCGACGAGCUCUUCAGCUCCGAUUCAACGUCUUUGCUCAAAUCACAAGUCGAUUUGAGUUUAUCGAAUCUAAGAGACGGUGUGGUUUCGAUGAUCGACGGAUUCGAAUCUUGGAUUUCUAAAGAAUCGUCGAGAUAUUUGAUCUCCGGCGGCGGAAUCCAUCAAUUGACGAGGUACGUUAUGAGUUUCAUCGUCUUCCUCGCUGAUUACAGCGAGUUACUCCCCGAUAUCAUCGUCACCAAAUCGUUGCCUUCACCGGGAGAAGAAGAGAGCUCCGGGGACUCGGAUCCGGUUAAAUCGAGGAUCGCGUGGCUGAUUCUGUUCUUACUCUGCAAAAUCGACGCCAAGUCUCGUCUCUACAACGACGUGGCUCUCUCGUAUCUGUUUCUCAUCAACAACCUCAACUACGUUUUGGUUAAAGUGAGAUCGUCGAAUCUGAAGGUGGUUCUGAGUGAGGAUUGGGUUGAGAAGCAUGAAGCGAAGGUGAAGAAGUAUGUCGCCAAGUUUGAGGAGAUCGUUUGGGGAGAGACGAUGGCGUCACUCAAUUCUGAUGAUGAUGGGUUUGAGGUGACGGCGGAGGAGAGGAUUAAGCGGUUUAGUGAUGGGUUUGAGGUGGCGUAUAAGAGGCAAACCGGUUGGGUUGUACCGGAUUCGAAAUUGAGAGAUGAGAUUAAACGGUCUGUUGGGAUGAUGAUUAUACCGAGAUACUCGGGUUUUUGUGAAAGGAACCGGGUCGGGUUAUGGGAGAAUGUUGGGUUUGACCCUGAGGAUAUUGGGAAUUAUCUUUCGGAUUUGUAUUUUGGGUCUCAUGGAUCAGGGAGUGUUUCGUCUAUUCAUUCUUCAGGUUCUUAUUAGUUAGAUGGGAUAGAUAUAUGAGUAAUUAAAACAUAGGGUAAACAUUGCAUUAAUAUCUGUAUUAACAUUUUUCAAGUA